GCGACUUUCAUCUGAAUAACAUCAGUACACAUUAUCUAUGACGCUCGAUUCACUAAUGUCGGUUACUCUACGGCGAUCCUGCCAAGCCUGCAUCAAGAGCAAACGACGAUGUGACCAACUUUGGCCUAAAUGCAGCAGAUGCCAGGGCAAAGGACACGAUUGUGAAUAUGCCAACACUCCUUUCACGGCCACGUCUGAUUCUCGAAGAAGCUUAAUAAAUAAAGCUCCACACAAUCGCCGACGGGCUGCCGGGUCCCAUCAGAUCCGCGCACCGUUGCGAUUAGAGAUUGCGAAAGAAUACGAUCAAUCUGCAAUUAGAUUUCUCGUUCGCGGACUGCGAGAGUAUCCGAGGGCUUUUGUGACAGGCCAGAAAACCGAUUUUAUACAUCCAGAAAUCUACUUAUCUGGUCUCCCCAGUGCCAUGCAAGAAGCACGUUCUCUCUGCGGGCGUUACGCCCAACGGCCGCCACGGGGAAAAAUCAGUGAUAUUCUUUACUUCCUUCGGAUGAAGUCAGACGAGAUCUACCGUCAUUUCUCUCGCUCUUCUUCAUUUCACGACCUGCUUGCUUGUUCGCAAGCCUUGAUUAUCAUCCAAUGUAUCUUAGCUCUAAACCAGGACCUGCCAAGCCGAUAUUCCGAGGAUACGAGUAUAAUGCUCGAAACAGUUGCCAAAAGGUUAUGGGAACGGGCACCCGUCCAGCUGCCACCAACGCUAACUCAUCGGCAAGCACGGCUUCUGGGAGAAAGUGUUCGACGUACCAUUAUCGUGAGCUUAAUGCUUCGAAGUGCGUAUUCUUUGUACACAAGGAACUACUCCGUCCGCACCCCCUUUGUGGAUGCAUUGCCAUUCGAUGUUCGCACGAGUUUUUGGGAUGAUGACUCGAACCACGCCCUGGCGGAUCGGGGUUCUAGCCUAUCUGGUUCGAUGGUUUCUCUACAUGAAUAUUCGGAUGCUAUGGAAAGAGGCAGUGUCCAUAAUAUCAACAACUUCGGCGCGUUGAUUCUGGCUGCUUGCAAGGGCAAGGAGCUCUCGGGAAUACCGCGUCCCCCACAAAACUCUUACAUACCAACUUGAGGGUGGAAAGCACGAUAUACGGCUCGGAGGCCACGCAAAA